AUGGAUUCAUUAUGCUGCUUGACAGCUUGAGAUACCAGGUCAUUCUCAAAGUAGAGGCAAUUUACAGUAUGCAAAAUUAACACAGAUCCAGUACCAGAGUAGAGCACACUCUACUAGUGGUAGUGGACACAUCACUCACUGGCCACCGCUGGUCUGUCUCUAGGUACCACCAAUCCAGCAGGCAGACGGAGGUCAACAAAAUUCUCAGCUCACAGUCCACACUCCACUGGCUACAAUCCAGCAGUAGCAUUGUAGCAAUACCCCCAGAUCCCGCUGACAUUCUCCUAGCCAAGUGUGCCGGCGAUGAGGAAGACGACGGUGACCUCCGCCUCCCAAAUCACAGCCACAGGAGGAGGAGGCUGGCCGUGCGGUGGUGGUCUCAACCUCAGCGUGAAGCUGAACGUGGUGCUGCUGCUGUCGGUGGUGGCCACCAACCUGGUGUCCCUCUACCAACUCUCCCUCCGCGCCGUCACCGCGCCGCCGCUCCUCCCUCCCCUCCUGCAGCAGCAGCAGCUGAGCCACAGAGACGAUGACCUCCUGAUCCGGCAGCUCGACGCCAUCCGCGCGGGCGUGUCGCAGCUGAACCACCUCCGCUCCUCGUCCCCUCCCCCGCCGCCUCCCCCGCCGGAGCUGCUCCUCUACUCCCACCUCGCCCCCGUCGCCUCCGCCUGCUCCGCGCACCCCGACCUCCUCCACCGCUACAUGUCCUACGCCCCCUUCGCGCCUUGCCCCGACGACGCCCUCUCCCUCGCCGAGCCCCUCCUCCUCCGCGGCUGCCACCCGCUCCCUCGCCGCAGGUGCUUCGCUCCCACCACAGCAUCGUCCGCAUCCAUGUUGAAGCUCCCCACCGACCCUUUCUCCCCGCUCCCCGACGGCGCCGUCCGCUGGCCCAAGGACGGAAAGUGCAGAUCUUUCUCCUGCCUGCCGCCGUCGCUGGGCUUCGACGUGGCGCGUACGGAGGCCGGCCGGUUCCUCCGCGCGCGGGGGCCCCUGGACCUGACGGCGCCGCAGCUGCUGAGGCUGGCGUCGCUGAGCCGCGCGGGGCCCAUCCGGCUGGGGCUCGACAUCGGCGGCGGCACGGGCACGCUGGCGGCGCGGCUGAAGAAGCUAGUGAACGCCACCGUCCUAACUACAACAAUGAACCUGGGCGCGCCCUACUCGGAGGCGGCGGCGGCGCGCGGGGUGGUGCCGCUGCACGCGCCGCUACAGCAGCGGUUCCCGGUAGGGGACGGGACCAUGGACGUGGUGCGAGCGGGGCACGCCGUGAACCGGUGGAUCCCGGAGGCGGCGCUCGAGUUUUUGUGGUACGACGCGGACCGAGUGCUGCGCCCAGGCGGGCUGCUCUGGGUGGACCACUUCUGGUGCCGGAGGGCGGACCUCGAGGGCGUCUACGCCGCCAUGCUGCGGAGGCUCGGCUACAAGACCAUCAAGUGGGCCGUCGGCGACAGGACCGUCGGCAAGGACGAGGUGUACCUCACCGCGCUGCUGCAGAAGCCAUUCGGAUAGUUGAUCGAUCAAUCAAAUCAACGCAAUGCAAUGCAGUGCAGUAGCAGUCACCUUUCCUCCUUUCCUCUCCACCUCUCCUCUCCUCUCCUCUCCUCUCCUCUCAUGGUGUGGUGUCGUUCGUAUGCAUGCAAUUUCGUAGGCAUAUCGAGUGAAGUGAAGGAAUGAAUAUCCGUUGAUGCAAUGCAAUGACCAGACAGAGUAAUCAAAUACUGUAAUUUGUUUUGUUUUGUUU